UCUCCUUUUCAUCGGCCGGCACCUUCGUUCUUAUUUCGGAAAUUUUGACACCUUCCAUUCAAGACUCAAACUCUGUUAGUAUAUAUACCCCCCUCAACUCUCGAUACAGUUCACCACACUCACAAUAAUGUUUCAAACAACCGUUGCAUUCACCGGAGAUCCACUCGUGUUGUUUUCAAGUACACCGAGCACGUCGCCAGAGUUUGAACAUCUCACCGGAGACAUCGUCGGAGCCGUACGGGAUCUUUCGUGGUUUCGCGGCGAAGGUGUUAACCAUCUUCGCGAGUCCAGAUCACUCAGGUUGAAUCGGGUUGGAUAAGGUCCUAGUGCGAAGAAUCGAUGCGGUGUUUUUUUUUUUUUUUACGUAUUCGGUAACCUUCUGAUCCUUUGGUUUCGUUUUGGAUACUUGUUCGACGCUAACAUUUUAUCGAACACCCUCAACCAGCCGCCGCCUCCGGAACAUGUACUUUGGUCGUUCGCCGCACCCGGAGUCGAGACGAGGAGCUUCGUCAGUAACUAAACCGAAUCCCGCACACAUCUUCGGUUGAUGGAUGAAGUGAUCAAGAAAACAAGUUAGGAUGAACCUAGAAACCCAUCUAGAAUAACAAUGUUUUCAACUAUUUUUUGAUACGAUGUUUGAAUCUUGUAUGACAUUUUAGCAUUUAUGAAAUUUGCUUAAAUCUAUAUUGUCACAUUUAGUGUUAUGUUGUUUUGAGCAAUUUGUUCGUCUCAUCCCGAUGUUUCCGCCAUCGGUUGGGGUGUGUGACAUUCAAGAACAACAAGAUGGAAGAAUUUUGUGAUGAAAGAGGUAUACUGCAGGAGUUUAGUGCUCCGUACACUCCGCAGCUGAAUGGAGUCGCAGAACGCAAAAAUAGGACGCUAAUCGAAACGGCCAGAACAAUGCUUGCUGAUUCAAAGCUACCGAUAAAUUUUUGGGCAGAAGUUGUUUCCGCCGCAUGCUAUACGCUCAACAGAGUUCUCACUGUUAAGAAGUUCAACAAAACAUGCUUUGAGUUGAUCAAUAACCGCAAACCUAAUCUGAAGUAUCUUGAACCGUUCGGGUCACCCUGUACUGUUCUAUAACCUUUUGGAAAGUUUGGUCCGAAGUGCAUUGAGGGUAUAUUUGUUGGUUAUGCAAGUCAUUUACUACAUGUCUUCGUUCCAAGUGAGAAGCGGAUUAUUGAAGCUCCAAAUGUUGAAUGUCAAGGUAAUACAAUGCCGCCGCAGAAUCCUGGAGAUUCAUGGUGUUAUCAUUACGACAAGUUGUGGGAUUCGUUUGACAAGAUGGAAGAACCAGAAGAAGAAGAAGAUUUCUUUGAUGAGUUGGAUAUUUUGCGAGAGUACGAGUCUUCACAGGAAAGGUUCCCAGCUGAGUAUUUUACACGACCACGACAAACUUCAAAUGACGAUGAAGCAGGUCCAAGCAAUGCUGGUGAACACGAUGAUGUCCAACAAAAUGAAGUUGCUCAAGAUAAUCAGUCGGAACAGAAUGAUAAUCAAGAAUCUGAGAAUAUGCCGAUAUUUGAUCGUGGUGAUUCAGAUUCUGAGGGGGAGCAAAUUCAGGGUUCAAGUCAAACAAACACAAUUAGUGAACAAGGUGCAAAUCAGAAUGUUACUAAUCUGGAAGGCGAUGUAGAUGUUCCAAGCGAAGUAAUGCCACGAACUCUUUCAUACUAUCCAGAGGAGCUGAUCAUUGGAGAAUUGCAAUCAGGCGUUCGCACGAGACGUCAAAUUGACCAGGGCCUUACAUGUUUUUAUUCUAUAGUAGCACCUUUACAAACUGAUUUUUCAUUAAGUUGUUUUAUUUCACAGAUCGAACCGCGAACUUACAAAGAGGCGCUUACUGAAGAUUCUUGGGUCAAUGCGAUGCUAGAAUGUGACAAUUGUGCUCUUUAAUCGAUAAACAAUGCAAAACAAUGUUAGUUAUCAAUAAAUCAAUGUGUUUUGGUGU